AUGGAUCGAGCACUCGACGAGAUUGUUGCCGAGCGACACCGAGGCGGUGGACGAGCUCGAGGCCCAGGCCGUCGCGGUGGUCGCAGAAAUGAGCGCACCGAGUAUCCUCGUGACGGCGUAAGAAAGAUCCUCUUCCAGCUAGCUAGUCGAAUCAAUACCGCGCUUGUUGAUGAUGCUUCUCGAGGCGGUGCAGAGAAUCGACUCGAGAAGAUAGCAGAAAUAUUGACUCAGAAUGGGUUCAUGAUAAGUUUGACGACAAUAGUACGAGUCUUUGAUGGUCUGUUUGGCAACAUUUCGCUCACGAUUCUUCCAGCCGGACGACGAUCUGUUCGUCAAGAUAGACGUUACUCUCCGGAGCCUGUCUACGAGACCAGCAGCGCAAAGCUCCGAGUUGAGAACCUCCACUACGAUUUAACCGAAGAGGAUUUGGAUGAUCUCUUCAACCGAAUCGGUCCUGUCCUUAAGCUUUCCCUCACCUACGACAGAGCCGGCCGCUCCGAGGGCGUUGCAUAUGUCACGUACGAAUCCUCCUACGAUGCUAAGAAAGCAAUUCGAGAAUUUGAUGGUGCCAAUGCCAAAGGUCAACCUAUCCGUCUAGUCCCUAUUCCCUCUGGUCCUUCAGCCGGUCGCAGAAACCCAGCUCCAGCUGCUACCCGAGGCUCCCUGUUUGAUCGCAUUACCCCACGUGCCCGUUCCGAUUCCCCAAUCCGCCAUUCAGACGUCAGUGGUCCUCCCCCAUCAAACGUUGAUCGUUACGUCCCAGGCCGAGGUAGUCGUUCCCGUAGUCCCCGACGAACCGCCCCGAAAAGAGAUGGUCGUCGUCCUGGUGCUAGACGUGAGAGAGGUGAACGAACCGGCGGUGGCGGUGGAGGACGAGGUGGUGAGAGAUUGGCCAAGGAUGGUAGACCAAGAAAGACACAGGAGGAAUUAGAUGCCGAGAUGGAGGAUUACUUUGGUGGAGGAGGUGGCAGGGAGAAUGGUGCAUCUGAAGUCACGGAAGCCAAGGGAGAUGAUGUUGAUAUGUUGGAGAUCUUGUAG